CUCUCUCCGUCUCUCCACUACAAUGUUCAACACGCCGCGGGCAAGCGCCAUGCAGAGCAGCGGCUUCUCCGACCCUCUAGCGAGCGGGUACGACGUCGACCCGUGGAGCGGGACGCAGAGUCCCGCGCGCGGCGGCACGCCGGCGCCCAGCAUGCCCAGCAUGCCCAGCAUGCCCAGCGCGACACUGAACACAAGCACAAGCACAAGCACAAGCGCGAGCACGGCGAACGGCUCGCGCGCACAACCGCAGCAAACUCCAGAACUGGAUGCUCUUCUCGACGACCCGCCAGGGGCAUACAUCGCGCUGUUCAGGCAGCUGGAGAGCGGCGGCGCCGUGUCUCUUCCGACGCUGCAGCGGCUGCUCGCGACGGCGCGGCUCCCGGCAUCCGUCGUGGAAAAGAUCGUCGGCCUGACAGGCCACCAGGCGUCGCUCGGCCGCCCCGACUUCUACCGGGUGCUGGCGCUGGUCGCGCUCGCGCAGUCGGACCCGAGUGCCGAAAUGACGCUGGCCGCCGUCGACGCCGCGCUGCCUGGCCUCCCGGCACCGCGGUUGUCGGCGGCGCCUGAAGCGCCGCCGCCGCGCCCACCCCUCCCACAAAGCCCGAGCAGCACCUUCUCGCCGUGGGACAGCACACCGCGCUUCCCGCCCGCGCCCGUGAGCUACGACACGAACGGGCCGCAGACCGGCGGCAACCCCGACGCCGAGGCCGAGCGGGGGUUCUGGCGCCGCCUGGAGAACGUGACCGUCGAGCUGUGCCCGCAGAAAGAGGGGUGGUUCCUGCAGAAGUACCGCGUGUCGAGCGACAAGCGGGCGGGCGCGCUCCUCCGGCGCUACUCGGACUUUGUGUGGCUCCACACCACCCUGCUCCAGCGCUACCCGUUCCGCCUGCUGCCCGCGCUCCCGCCAAAGCGGAUGAACCCCGACGCGGCGUUCCUCGAGACCCGCCGCAAAGGCCUGCAGCGGUUCAUCAACGCGCUCGUCAACCACCCCGUGAUGCGCGACGACGGCGCCCUCAACGUCUUCAUGACCGAGCCAAACUUUGAAGCGUGGCGCAAACGCGUCAAAGUGUCGACGGACGAAGAGAGCGCGAGCAAGCGCCUGAACCCGGCACAAGAGAUGGCGAUCCCCGCCGACCUCGAAGAGAAGCUGGAUGGCUUGCGCACACGCCUGCCGGGCCUGAUCUCGGCGUACCAGAAAAUGGUGACGCUCGCGGAACGCGAGCUCGCGCGGCGCACGCAGGGCGCGGCCGAGGCCGCGCGCUUCGCGGUGGCGCUCGGCGCCGUGUCCGAAGACAUGCCGGCCGCAUGCUACCGCUGCGUGCCGGGGGGCAAGAGCUGCGACGUGUGCCAGGGCACGGGGCGGGGCCUCGCGACGGUGGGCUACGCGUGGUCGCGGCUCGCCGAGCAGCGGGAGCGCGACCUCGCCACGCUCACGGACGGGAUCGAGGCGCUCAAGCGCCAGCGCGACUUGUACAUGUCUUUCCGCGACCUGUUCCACCGGCACGAGCGGCUGUCGCGCGACGGCGUGGACGCGCUGCAGAAGCGCGUGGUGGGGCGGCAGGCGCGGAUCGAGGCCGCGCGCCAGGCGGCCAAGCCCGGGUGGGAGGACGAGGUGGGCAAGCUCACGUCCGGUAUUGAGCAGGAUAAUUCGGCCAUCACGGCGCUGUUGGCGCGCCGCGUGUUUGUGCGCGCGUGUAUGUGGCAUGAGUUUGGCGUCGUUUUCCACUCGCGGCAGGCGGCGAUGGCUACGCUCGCGUGGCGCGCGUGGGUCGCCGGCGAGAGCGGCGCCGUGCGCGCAGAGGGCAAGGUGUGGGAUCGGCUGGGCGAGGACCUCGAGAAUAUGCCGCUUGAGUAAUGCGUGGGGCAGUGAUGGUGCGCUCUGCGGCGGGAGGAGCCAGCCCGAGGAGAGUCCGAGUUAGUUAGUAGUCCGUAGGAUCAUGUUGGCGGUCACCCGUAUGCAGAAGGAUCUUUCUG